CGUUUCUGAACUUUAGACAUUUGAAGGGUUUUUUGACGCAACAAAUUAAUUAUGAUCGAGUGGAGUUGCGUAAUUACAAACCUAUAUAAAUCUGUGAAAAAUGUAUAUUUGUGCCGGAUGCGAAGUUGAAAGAAAAACGAAAUCACGUUUUCUUGAAGAAUGUCGCCUUUUCUAUAUUUUGUGCUUCUACUAACUGUGUCCAGUUUUGGUUUGGCCGAGAAACCCCAAUUAAGUAACAAAACAUUUCCGAAAAAUUUUUCUUUUGGUGCUACUACCUCUGCUUAUCAAGUCGAAGGGUUUGCUGACGAAGUCAACGAAAUUGGAGUCAACCACUACAAAAACCUCAUCCGGGAACUCAAGAACAACCAAAUCCAACCGAUGGUCACUCUUUACCAUCAAGACCUACCUCAGGUUCUGAUGGACAAAGGGGGAACUUUGAACCCGCUCUUCCCUAAGUGGUUCGAAGACUAUGCUAGGGUGUGUUUCGAAAGUUUCGGCGAUGACGUCAAGCACUGGUUUACUAUCAAUGAACCAUACAUAGACUGUACAGUGGGUUUCAUUUCUGGAGGUCUCAGAGAAGGGAUAGAUAACUAUAUAUGUGCUAAACACCAUUUGAUGGCUCAUGCGGCUGCUUGGCACUUGUACGACAACGAGUUUAGAGCUAGACAGGGAG